CAACGAUACUCAACUUCGUUUUGAAUUGUCAAUCAAAGAAUCUAGAAGAAUUCAAUAUAUAAUCCAACAUGGCUGACGAGGCGGACAAAGGCCCCUCCAAGAACGCCCUUAAAAAGGCCGCCAAGGAAGCGGAAAAGGCGGCCAAAAAAGCUGCCAAAGCCGCAACUGCCCAACAGCAACAGGCUGCGGAACCUGAAAUCCCCGUCGAGCAAUUAGCGGAGUACUUUGGUGAACUUGCCCUCGCCGGACCGCUGAAUGUCCCCGCGCCGACGACGACGCUGGAGAAGUUGCCGGCUUCGGGUGAAGUCAUCCUUCGGGCCGCUGUCUACAAUGCGCGGAAGCAGAGCGCAAAGCUCGUGUUCCUGAAUCUACGACAGGGGCUGUCAAGCAUACAAGCAGUUUUGUUUGCGAAUACCCCGGAGACCAAGGCGAUGGUGAAAUGGGCUGCGAAUAUUCCUGUAGCUUCGAUCGUGCUUGUGCAUGGCGAAGUCAAAGCCUCCCCCGAGAAGAUCGCGAGCGCUACCAUCGAUGACCGCGAGCUCCAUAUUACGAAUAUCCACGUGGUCUCGAGAGCUGUGGAAAGGCUACCGAUCCAGGUUGAAGACGCGGAAAGACCGAUCCCGGCCGACGAUGCGCCAGUGCAAGAAACCAAGGAGGGUGAACGCCCUAUCCUGUCACUUCCCGCACGUCUAAACAAUCGUGUGAUCGACCUGAAGGCCAUUCCGAAUAAAGCCAUUUUCCGCAUUCGACAUGGCAUUGUUUCGCUCUUCCAAGAGCACUUGACGUCGAAGGGUUUCGUUGGAAUCCAGACGCCGAAACUGAUCCCAACCGCUUCAGAGGGUGGCAGCAAUGUCUUCGAAGUCACAUACUUUGACAGGAAGGCAUACCUUGCGCAGUCACCUCAACUCUACAAGCAAAUGGUGAUUGCUUCCGGUUUCGAGCGUGUCUUCGAGGUUGGCCCGGUGUUCCGAGCAGAGAACUCCAACACAAGCAGACAUUUGACUGAAUUCACCGGACUUGACAUGGAAAUGGAAUUCGAUGAAGAUUAUCACGACGUUAUCACCACGCUUGAGAAUUUGAUGUUGUUCAUCUUCAAAGGACUCAACACAACCUACAAGCGCGAAACGGAAUUGCUCCAGGGUAUGUACGGCGUGGAGCCGUUCAAGCUGCCGGAAGAAGGGCAAGUGCCUCGCCUGAAGUAUCCUGAGGCUAUCGCGAUGUUGCGCGAAGCCGGCGAAGAACUUGGUGACUACGAUGAUCUCACCACUCCACAGGAGAAACACCUUGGUCGUCUCGUCCUUGCGAAAUACAAUACCGACUUCUACGUGCUCGACAAAUUCCCUACCUCCGUCAGACCAUUCUACACCAUGCCUGAUCCGGAAAAUCCAAAAUACUCCAACAGCUACGAUUUCUUCAUGCGCGGUCAAGAAAUCCUGUCCGGAGCGCAGCGUAUUCACGACGCGCCUUUCCUGAGGAAGCGGAUGGCAGCAAUGGACCCUCCCGUGCCGGAGAAGGGUGCGGAAGCCUACAUCGAGGCGUUCGAGUAUGGAUGCUCAAGGCACGGUGGUGGCGGGAUUGGUCUGGAGCGGAUUGUCACGUUUUGGUUGGGCCUUCCCAAUAUCAGGAUGGCAACGCUUUUCCCCCGCGAUCCUCAGAGGAUUGCUCCCUAAGGUGGUCAACAUGGUAGCUUGUAAGACUGGUUGAAGUGGUAUGAGGCCAGAUGGGCUAAAUGGGUAUUACGCGAUCUCGAGCGCUGAUUGGCAGUAAUCACCCUGCAAAGUGCAAAUAGCCUUCCCAAAGAAUGAACAAUAAGUUCAACCCCCUGUCAAGUAGCCAACCACUCGAGUAGCCAGUAUCACCAUCUCAACCUCCAUCGGUCAGACAGCAAUAUCUCUACUAAAACAUAUUAUAUUUGGAAAUCUAUACAGCAUG